AUGGCUCAAUCCUUAAACCCUCCAAAAACCUUAAACCUAAAUCAGCUCCAACUGGCCAAUACGCCAUCAUCAUCUCCACUGCCAGUUAAAUCAAUUUCAAAACUUCUAAAAAAGAAAAAAUUUCCUUCAAUUAUGAUCUCUGCAUCAUCAAAAAUGUCAAGCACCCAACACCAAACGCCGCAAUCGCUUUCUCUUCAGGCAUUAACAGAUGGAGACCGCAAAACUGAAGUAAUGAAUGUUAUAAAAAACUCAGUUUCCAACUGUCUGUCCGAGACCCAUCUCGAUUUAACUGUUCCUGGGCUCAAAUCCAAAACCAGAGGCAAGGUCAGAGAUAUAUAUGAUGGAGGGGAUUAUCUUGUUCUGGUCACAACUGAUAGGCAAAGUGCUUUUGAUAGAAUCCUUGCUUCAAUUCCCUUUAAGGGUCAGGUGCUCAACGAAACAAGUUUAUGGUGGUUUAGUAAAACUCAGCACAUAACUCCAAAUGCAGUGGUAUUAUCACCAGAUAAGAACGUCACUAUCGCAAAGAAAUGUUCUGUCUUUCCUGUUGAAUUUGUUGUUAGAGGUUAUGUGACUGGAAGUACUGAUACAUCACUUUGGACUGUUUACAAAAAUGGUGUUCGAAAUUAUUGUGGCAAUGCUCUUCCCGAUGGCUUGGUGAAGAACCAAAAGCUACCAGAAAAUAUACUCACACCUACAACUAAAGCUGCAGAUCAUGAUGUUCCUGUAACCCCCCAGGAGAUUGUUCAGCGUGGGCUGAUGACUCAAGAUGAAUAUGAUGAAGCAAGUAUGAAAGCUUUAAGUCUCUUCCACUAUGGGCAGCAAGUAGCUCUGGAACAUGGCCUGAUAUUGUUGGAUACUAAAUACGAAUUCGGAAAGGGAUCUGAUGGCACAGUGCUUUUGAUUGAUGAGGUGCAUACACCUGACUCGAGCAGGUAUUGGAUUGCUGAUUCUUAUGAGGAACGCUUUGAGAACUGUCUUGAACCCGAGAACAUUGACAAGGAAUUUUUGAGGUUGUGGUUCAAAGAUCGUUGCAACCCAUAUGAAGAUGAGGUCUUGCCUGAUGCACCCGGAGAACUUGUUUCUGAAUUAGCUUGGCGGUAUAUUUUUUUAUACGAGACAAUAACGAAGUCGAAGUUUGAAAUGCCCGUGACUAAGGAACAUGUACACGACCGGAUAUCUCACAAUGUUUCACAGGCACUUUCAUCUCUGUGA